AUGUCCGCCAACUGCUGUUCCAGGAAUUGCGCCACUGUUCCUGCCAUCUCCCUCUGCUCUACUGAUGUAAGCUGCGGAAGCCCGAUCUGCCUGCCCAGCGCCUGCCAAACUCAGACAUGGCAACUGGUAACUUGCCCGGACCCCUGCUGCAGAGCCCCAAGCUGCCCCCCGAGUUGCUGUGAGGCCAGCUGCUGCGAACCAACCUGCUGUGAGCCUGUUUGCUGCGAACCCGCCUGCUGUGAGCCUGUUUGCUGCCAGCCGAUCUGCUGUGAGUCCGGGACCUGCGAACCAUCGUGCUGUGAGCCUUGCUGCGGCCAACCAGACCCCUGUGUGACCCUGUCACUCUCCUGCCGACCGGGUUCUUCCGUCUCUGCCGUCGGGCGGGCCCCUUGCUCUCGGCCCACGUGCUACGUGCCGAGUUCCUGCCGACCAUCCUGUAUCACGUCCAUCUCCUAUCGACCGGCCUGCUACCGAUCGCUCUGCUCCAGCCCGUGA